UUUUUAAUUUAUUUAUUGCCGACGGCUUUCUAUUUCUCUCUCCUUUUCUCCAUUCCUCGCUUCUGAGCAUUCUGCAGGAGGGAGAGCUUAGAGCUUCCACGAAAACUCUCGCUCUUGUCCGAUGGCUUCAAAGCGGAUCUUGAAGGAGCUGAAGGAUCUGCAGAAAGAUCCUCCAACUUCUUGUAGUGCAGGUCCUGUAGCUGAGGAUAUGUUUCAUUGGCAAGCAACAAUAAUGGGUCCACCUGACAGCCCGUAUGCUGGAGGAGUGUUUCUAGUUACCAUCCAUUUCCCCCCAGAUUAUCCCUUUAAACCACCAAAGGUUGCUUUCAGAACAAAAGUUUUCCAUCCAAAUAUUAACAGCAAUGGUAGUAUUUGCUUAGACAUCCUCAAGGAACAAUGGAGUCCUGCGUUAACAAUUUCCAAGGUUCUACUCUCAAUCUGCUCCCUGUUGACGGACCCGAACCCAGAUGAUCCAUUGGUUCCUGAGAUAGCACAUAUGUAUAAAACGGACAGGACCAAGUAUGAGACCACGGCAAGGAGCUGGACGCAGAAGUAUGCCAUGGGCUAAGGCGAGGACGGAUAAAUCCUGAUUUCCUUCUUGUUGCACUAUCCUGGGCGGUAUCUAUUGAUAUUUUAUGUGUAAGAAUGUAAAACUUUUGAAGGAAAUCCCCAAUUGACUCUCCAGGAAGGAAUGAAGAUGAAAAACAACUUCUCUACAAGCGUAGCAUUUUAUUCUGCUUUUGUGUGUAAAUUAUGACACUGAGGUACUACCUUGGAUGAUUUUCUUUUGUUAAAAAAAGAAGGGGAUUUUCUAUUGGCUCUAGAUAAUUA